UAUAUCCGUUUUUGCUAUUUCCCAUGCGCGUUGUUCUUCUUCUUCUCCGAUCUAGGGGCUCUCUCCAGCCAGAAACGUCUCCCUGCGAAAACUCCAUUUCCACUCCACCCCCAAAACCCCAACCGACUCGGAUCAGCUCUCCGCCGCCGUCCCCGACGGCCGAUCGGCUCGAUCCAAUCUCGGACCGCCACCGCCGCCUCCGCCGCCGCCUCCGCCGCCGCCAUGAGUUCACUCUCCGGAGGAACGGGCUCGCUCGCCGGGUUCACGAGGCUCUGCAAGGGCAUGGCCGUGGUGCUUGUCGGGGGCCACAUUGUGGUGCAGAUCCUCCCCGCGGCCGUCAAUUAUCUUGCUCUGAUCCCCGCGAGGACAAUUCCUUUUGCUUGGAAUCUGAUAACGGCUGGUUAUAUUGAGCAAACAGUAUAUGGGGUUGUUAUCAGCACUAUUGGUCUACUAUUCAUGGGAAAGAUUCUUGAGCCCAUAUGGGGUGCUAAAGAGUUCGUGAAGUUCAUCUUCAUUGUCAACAUUUUAACUUCUCUCUGUGUUUUCGUCACUGCCAUCGCCUUGUAUUACAUAAGAAUGGAGGAAAAUUACCUGUACAUGCCACUAUCUGGUUUCUAUGGGGUCCUUUCAGGGUUCCUCGUUGGCAUUAAGCAAAUUUUACCUGACCAUGAGUUGCCUUUAGUGAGGAUUAAAGCAAAGUGGUUGCCAUCUAUCAUUUUGCUACUGUCUGUCAUUGUAAGCUUCUUCAUCCCAGAGCCUACAGCUUAUCUGCCGAUGUUAAUAUUUGGCACAUACACAAGCUGGAUUUACCUUAGGUUCUUGCAAAGGAGGCCUGAAACUAAGUUCAUGGGGGAUCCAAGUGAUGAUUUCUCCUUUUCUUCCUUUUUCCCGGAGCUAUUAAGGCCCAUAAUUGAUCCUUUUGCAUCAAUAUUUGCUCGGUUGUGUUGUGGAAAACGCCAAACUUCGUCUGAGGCCCAGGACUAUGAACUGGGCGAUAACCCAUUGCUGGGUUCUGAUCCGAUCGAAGCAUCUAGGAGAAGAGAACGAGGCGCCCGGGCUUUGGAAGAAAGGCUUGCAGCUGAGAGGUUAGCAGCUGCACAGACUGCGCAAGAAUCUGGGAAAGAUGCCACCGAGAGUGUUUGACAACAAGAGACAACUUCCAGUUUGGAGCAAUUACGGCAGAAAGUAUCUUUCUCAUGGUGAAGUCAGAAAGGAUGCAUUUCUGUGUGCCUAUUUUGUGGAUUAUGUUACUCAUGGUACAGGAAUUUUGUCUUCUUUGAUACAUUUCCUUUGCACUAUUUUGCUUUGGCUGUUGCUCAAUAUACGUCGGAUGACUAUAAAAAGAAAAUUGUUCUUGACUCCUGAGAA